ACUGGUUCCUGAAAUUAGACGCUGGGAUUAGCUUUAGGUUAGCUUAGGGUUCCAAAAGAAAACCUCAAUUCUUCAUUUUAUUUAUUUGUUUUUUGCCUUUUUUAAGAAUUCUUUUUUUUUUUUUGUAAAGAGUUUUUGUGUUUUGAACUUUAAUGGAACCUCGCGUUGCGAAUAAGUUUCGGCUUGGCAGGAAGAUCGGUGCCGGUUCUUUCGGCGAGAUUUAUUUAGGUACUAAUGUUCAAACUAACGAGGAAGUUGCAAUUAAGCUUGAAAAUGUCAACACAAGACAUCCUCAGUUGCUGUAUGAGUCCAAGUUGUACAGGAUUCUCCAGGGAGGAACUGGUAUUCCUAAUAUCAAAUGGUUUGGAGUAGAGGGAGAAUACAAUGUUCUAGUGAUGGAUCUCCUUGGACCUAGUCUAGAAGAUCUAUUCAACUUCUGUAGUAGAAAGCUCUCGCUAAAGACAGUUCUCAUGCUUGCUGAUCAAAUGAUCAACCGUGUUGAGUUUAUUCAUUCUAAAUCAUUUCUACAUCGGGAUCUCAAACCAGAUAAUUUCCUCAUGGGAUUGGGAAGGCGGGCUAACCAGGUUUACUGUAUUGAUUUUGGAUUGGCAAAGAAAUACAGAGAUAGUACAACUCACCAACACAUUCCUUACAGGGAAAAUAAGAAUUUGACCGGAACAGCAAGAUAUGCUAGCAUGAAUACUCACCUUGGCAUUGAGCAAAGUCGAAGAGAUGAUUUAGAAUCUCUUGGUUUUGUCUUGAUGUACUUCCUGAGAGGAAGUCUCCCUUGGCAAGGACUUAGAGCAGGAACCAAGAAACAGAAGUAUGAGAAAAUCAGUGAAAAAAAAGUCACUACCUCAAUAGAGGCCUUGUGUCGAGGUUAUCCAACAGAAUUUGCAUCAUACUUCCAUUACUGCCGCUCUUUAAGGUUUGAUGAUAGGCCAGAUUAUGCUUACCUGAAGAGAAUAUUCCGUGACCUGUUUAUUCGUGAAGGAUUUCAGUUUGAUUAUGUGUUUGACUGGACCAUCUUGAAGUAUCAGCAAUCACAACUAGCCACUCCACCAGCGCGUGCUUCUGCUCCUAAUGCUGGAACUAGUUCUGGAAUGCCUCCGCCUGUGACCAACGCUGCUGAUAGGCAGACAGGAGGGGAAGAAGGAAGACCCCCUGGCCUGGUUUCUGUGGAUUCAAGGCGAAUAAUAUCAGGGCCCAUUUUAAAUUCUGUAACUUCUUUAAAGCAGAAAAAUGCGGUCAUCCCUGAUUCUGCUGUUAGUAAGGAUGCUAUGUUAUCUAGCACCAAUAUCUUGGGCCAGUCAAGUGGAUCAAGGCGAGUUGCUGCUGGCAGCCGUGAGACUUUUGCUGGUGUCGAAUUGGAUCCUCGUACGCGUAUGGCAGAGGCUAGCCCCGGAGCAGCAAACAGAGUUUCAAGUGUGCGAAAAAGUUCACCUAUUAGGUCUUUAGACCCCAAGAAAGUAGUAUCAUCAGCUAAAGGUGCUUCCCAUGUCAAGAAUUAUGAAAGUACAGUUAAGGGUAUGGAGCGUUUGCAGUUAGAAGAUGAUGAGAGGGCCCCUUAAUUCUCACAUUUUUCACAAUUGUGUAAAUGUAAAAUUGAGUUUAACAGGUAUAAAGCAACAGUUACUUAUGUCGGCAAGGUGAGCUGUGAAGAGGUUGUAGGUCUGAACUCAGAAAUAUGACUUUUUCACUGUUAUUUCAUCUUAUAACGAUAAAGCUGAGAUGAAAGAGUUUCAGCUAAAGCAGGGAUCGUUCUUGCUAUAAAGCUUAGGUCCUGGCACUUAUGUUCUAGUGGGAAACCCAUAAAUUUUGUAACCUUUUCCUGUGAGAUUUUUUGAUUUACCAUAUAUGCUUACAGCUUACUGUCGUGGGUCACAUGGUUCAAACUAUUAAUUACCAACCAAAACCAGUGUAAUUAGCCAUUGUACUUAAGUUUUGGAUGAGAGUUGAUGUUUCUAAAUUUUAAGGGUUCAUGGAGAUUACCGUGCGACGUCUCUACCUGACAUUAGUCAUUUCAUAUUUUCAUUUGUCUUUUUCCUUA